UUUGUCAAAAGAAAAAACGCAGAUAAAAGGUAUCAAAGCAAGCAGGCCAUACAAUUAAGAUUUUCCGGAAAAGAGCAAGGAAGUUUUAUUUGGCAACCCGUUACCGCAGUUAUUGGCGUUUACGAUCGACAACAACUGGUGGUACCGAGCGAAGGAAAAUAGUGCAGGAAAAGCGAUGUAAAUAAUGGUCUCGAACAAGGCCUCGACUAACGAAGGAAACAAACGCAUAGGCAAUCAAAUGGCUAAUCGGCAGCGAUUCAAACCGGGCAUGAACAAACAGUACAACCCAAUGGGAAACAUGCGAAGCAUGAGUGCAAUGUUCAACGCUAAUCAACUUGGCGAUGAUCCCGGCUUUGUGGAUUUCAAUGAUGAUACAGUUACAUCCACCACAAACGGAACGGGUAACAAUGUCGGUGGACCAAAACCAUCGGUCUCGAAUGUAUCGGAUGGUGUAAACAAAAACCUUUCCUUCGCCAAUGGUAAUCGACGAAUGAAUCCCCCAAUGAAGCGUCCUAUGAAGAAUGGAGCACCAGGUAUGAGAAAUCGCAUGAACGGUGGAGCGAACGGAAUGUCUAACUGGGGCCAUCCAAUGCCACCGCCAAAUAUGUUCCCCGGUCCACCAUCGGCCGGUCGGCGUGGUCAUAUGAAUCCACCCCCGAUACCACCACCUAUUCCGCCAGCUCAUUUCCGCAAUGGUCCGGGUAUGCGCAUGAGAGGACCACAUAGGUACGGUGCGGGUCAUCCUGGCCCAAUGUCGCUGUUGUCGAUGAACAGACCACUACCUCCUCCAAUACCACCGAUGCCAGGUCGGUCGAUGCCACCACCACCUGGUGGAAUGGGUCGAAUGAUGCCUCCACCUCUACGGCAUGGCUUAGAUGGACCAAUGCGUCGCCAUAUGAAUGGUAAUAUGCAUGCACGUGGUAUGGGUGGAAAGAUAGGCCCAUUUCCACGGAACGGAAUGGCACCAAAUGGUGGUGCGAUAGGUCCGAAUGGAAAGCGCACUCGUGCGAAAGCGACACAACACCAGAACAGGGAAGAAUACCCGCUGGACAAACCAUGGGUCACACAGGAUAUUAAAGCCGAGCAUGAUAAGAAAGCGGAGCUCGCGAAUCGUCUGAAAGGUCACCGGGAUGACGCGCUGUUUGCGCAGUUCAAAGAACAGCGGGAUAAGUUCGUUAAAAUGUAUGAAGCAGCUCGCCUUGAAUACAUUGGAAAGCACCCGGAACAGGAUGUAGAUAAAAUAUUAACUGCGUCGGCUUGUAAAAAGGCCCGUAUCGAAAAUGUAGAAAAACCAAACGUUGCUGCUGAUAAUACCGCUAAAACCGAAGCAACCACCAUCAGCAGCGCUCAGGUUACUACCGACGCAACUGUGCUUUCUUCUAAUCCUACGGAACCGACGAAAUGUGACACGAACGGUAGUACCGUUGGCAUCGUCGGUGAUACGAAUGCAUCCCCUACUAAUGCUACUACUAUCGAUACCAAUGAUACCACUGAAAUCACAUCUACUUCUGCUAACGAGGAACAAUUACCAGCAGAAACAGAGACAAGCCCUAUUGCCACUACAAUCGAAAGUACCGUUCCCGUUUAGUAAGCCAAUGUGUAUUUUUUUGUUUUUAGCGAAUAGUGCAGAUAGAUGUUAAUGAUCCGUUUUUGCGAUUCAUGGAUACAAUGCAGCAUGGUCCUAGUAAAUACAUUACUAAAAAACUUAUCAAACUCAUAAUAAAACCGCUUUCCAUCUUUGAUGAUGAAUCGCCAAGUAUAGCAUCAUACUGUAGUAGAGUAGUACAUGCGGAGUAUGUAAGUGAACAGAGCAGAGUUUGUGUUUGAUGAUCGUUUGCACAAUUUUUAUUUACUCUUAAACUCGUUAGACUGACAGCAAAAAACCAAACGAAGCAUGAAAAAUGAUCAUUGUAAUGAAACAGUAAUGGUUCAGCAAAUUCGUUUUUGUUUCCAGCGUAACUUUACUGCAGAGAUAAUCUUUUAAUCAUAUAUAUUGUUAUGCGCGUUGCACCGUUUAGCACCAAAACACGAAAACAAGCAACAAAUACGAAAUCUAUUAAACCAACGCCUGUGUGCAAUAACAGUAUAUCGUAUAGAAUAAUAGAUCCCACCAAAAAAAAAAAAAACAAAAAUGUCUAAGGAUUUACAGAUGCCAGAUGUCUAUGAAAUUUACUGUAAUACAAUAGCUAGCUUCAGUUAACCGGAACGUUGCACGCAUGCAAUAUAAUCGAGUACUGCUGUAUAGAUAUAUCCUUACGACUCUAUUACCAAGUAAUACGAAUUUUAAUCAGAAGGAAUAGUUACGCUACGUAAAGCGUGGAACAGGCCAGUCUUUAAAGCGACAGUAGUAUUCAACGUCGUCGGAAUCGCUUGGAAAUGGAAUUGGAAAUUUAAAUAUGAAAACUCUAUCGCACGGUGUGGAAACGGAUGUCGAUGAAACCGAUGUGGAAUAUUUCCAACUUUCAUAGUCUGCUGAUUGGUAACGGAUUUGUAGUAGUAAAUAUAAUAUAUCAGCAAAAUUACACCGUUCAUAUACCACUGGUCGUGGUUUUGUAAUAAAGGUUGGUGAUAAGCGAUCGCCAAGUAUCGAGAUAGUAAAAUUUCACGUGCGUACGAUAUACAUGAUCAUCACCAAACCAACCGCUAGCCAAUACAUAAGAGAAGUACAGAUCCAUGUACCCGACUGAACUGAAAACAGAAACUCUGUAGCUCUGUUGUUUAUAUAAUGUUGCUGCUGCUGCUACUACUGCUGCUACAUACUAUCCUACAAUGUACGGUAAAUCGUAGCAGCAAUAAUACGUGUACGGAUCAUGCAUUUCAUUCGAACGGUCCAUUGACGUGCGCAAAAAUCAUCACAGAAAGGCUAACGAUUUAGUAAAGUUUCAUUCACUCAUGCAGCAGCUACACGAGACAGCUAAAAACGCGGAUUAAUAAUUCAAAUGUUGUAACAAUUGAUUAUUUAAAGAUAAACUAAUUGGAACCUUAAACGUUGUUUUACAUGAAAUUUUGAUUUAAUUUUAAAUGAAGACGCAUUCGGGCGUGUUUUUCGUACACAUGUUUUUAUAUAAGGUAUCGAUUUGAUUGAAAGAGUGUAUAUUGGGUCUAAAUAUGUAAUCCUGAUGGGAUCAGUGGGGUAGGUUUUCAAUUUGUUGCAAGCUGUCGUCGGUACAGCCUCGCGUUAUAAUUUUUGGGUCUUUAUCAUGUUUCUUACUUGUGUCUAUUUGUUUGUCUUACAAUUACAUACAUUGUAUUAAAUGUGUGUGGAAGAUAUGGCAUUUUAGGGUGAAUUAAAAUUAUAGAUUUGAUUGGUGGUAAAUGCGCAAUCAUAUCAUGUUGUUACAGGCUAUGUAAUACUUGAUAAAAAAUAUCGUAUUUUGUAUAUUCUUUUUUUCAUUAAAGAACGAUCGUUUUGAUAAUUUUUUUUCUUUAUUAUAGGCGUUUUUUAUCUCUCGUUUAGUUUAUUUUAAUUUAGUAUAGUUUUCCAUCAUGUUUUGCACCAUGGUCUAUAUUUAUAUGGAGAAAACAAUAUGCACGAAGCCACACACACUGCUGCAGCUGCCUUUUCUCAGGAUUGCAUUACGUUACUUAUUUAUGAUACAUUACUAUUAUUAAAUAUCAGACCACAAAGUAAUGAUGUAAAGUAUUUGAACUAACAAUUCAGCGUGAUAUUGUUCUACUAACAUCCCUACACAUAUAAUCAUCGUUUACGUUGAACAUUAAAUAAAUGGAGUACACUCUACCAACCGAUAAA